GCGCGGCUCACGCUGUGCACUGACGGCGCGUGCGGACUACGAUACCCAUCAUUCCGAGCGGCAGUGGUAAACAGAGCUGUCAAACAACAUCAUCGACGCCAUUUCGACAACAGCCUUAAAAUGGCAGUAAAAUGCAGCGCGAGGAUCGCUCCUCAUUAAAUAAGAAGCGACGCUCGCUUCCUAUGCUCGCGAAUUUAAACGCGCUUUAACGGACAUUUGAAGACGUCACGCGCCGAGAAGAUGGAUAUCAGCACGGCGGUGUUUAACGCGGCGAGAGACGGAAAACUGAAACUCAUCCAGAAGUUGCUGAGCAACAAAAGUCCGGAGGAGCUGGAGGCGCUGGCGGAGGAGAAGACGCAGGGCGGCACGCCGCUGCUCAUCGCGUCUCGGUACGGACACCAGGAGGUUGUGGACUACCUGCUGGAGCACUGCAAGGCCAACGUGGAGCUCGGGGGCUCCGUGAACUUUGACGGUGAGACGAUCGAAGGCGCUCCGCCGCUGUGGGCGGCCUCCGCCGCGGGCCACCUGCCGGUAGUGAAGACGCUCCUGAAGCACGGCGCCUCCGUCAACAACACCACUCUGACCAACUCCACGCCGCUGCGCGCCGCCUGCUUCGACGGCCACCUGGAGAUCGUCCGCUACCUGGUGGAGCAUCGCGCUGACAUGGAGGUGGCCAAUCGGCACGGACACACCUGUCUGAUGAUCUCUUGUUACAAGGGCCACAAAGAGAUCGCCAAGUUCCUGCUGGAGCGAGGGGCCGACGUCAACCGCAAGAGCGUGAAGGGCAACACGGCUCUGCAUGACUGCGCUGAAUCCGGGAGCCUGGAGAUCAUGAAGAUGCUGCUGAAGUGUGAGGCGCGCAUGGAGCGGGACGGCUACGGGAUGACGCCGCUGCUGGCCGCCAGCGUCACCGGCCACACCAACAUCGUGGAGUACCUGGUGCACCAGCCCCGCGCCAGCCGAGAGGAGCGGAUCGAUGCGCUAGAGCUGCUGGGAGCCACGUUUGUGGACAAGAAGCGCGAUCUGCUGGGCGCCAUGCGCUACUGGAGGAGAGCGAUGGAGCUGCGGCAGGCGGGUGAGAAGGCGGGCGGAUUCCUAGCCAAACCGCCUCCGGGGCCGCCGGUGCCGGCGUACGACUGCGCCCGCGAAGUGUCCACGGCCGAGGAGCUGGAGGCGCUAAUCACCGACCCGGACGAGAUGCGCAUGCAGGCACUGCUGGUGAGGGAGCGCAUCCUCGGACCGUCGCACCCUGACACCUCCUACUACAUCCGCUACCGCGGCGCCGUCUACGCCGACUCGGGCAACUUCCAGCGCUGCAUCAGCCUGUGGAAGUACGCGCUGGACAUGCAGCAGAGCAACCUGGACCCGCUCAGCCCCAUGACGGCCAGCAGCUUCCUCUCCUUCGCCGAGCUCUUCUCCUUCGUGUUGCAGGACCGCGCCAAGGGCACCCUGUGCACCCGCGUCACCUUCCAGGACCUGAUGGGCGUUCUGGGCAAGAGCGUGCGGGAGGUUGAGCGUGCCGUGGCGCAGCGCGACAGCCCUCCGGAGGCGCCGCAGUUCACCAAAGCGCUGUCCAUCAUCCUGCACCUGGUCUUCCUGCUGGAGAAGCUGGACUGCGCUCCGGAGCAGGAGCACCACAAGCGGCAGACAGUCUAUCGGCUGCUGAAGCUGAACCCGCGGGCCCGGAGCGGCUACACGCCGCUGCACAUGGCCGUGGACAAGGACACCACGUCGGUGGGCCGCUACCCGGUGGGCCGCUUCCCGUCGCUGGCCGUGGCCAACCUGCUGCUGGAGUGCGGGGCCGACGUGGACUCCCGCGACUGCGAGAACAAUACGCCGCUGCACGUGGCCGCCGCCAACGGCUGCCCCGAGAUCAUGGCGGCGCUGAUCCGGGCCGGCGCUCACUUCGACGCCACCAACGCCCAGCGCAAGACGGCCUACGAGCUGCUGGACGAGCAGAGCAGCGGGCGACACGCGCUGCAGCCGCUCAACUACGUCACGCUGCAGUGUCUGGCGGCCCGAGCCAUCGAGAAACACAGACUUCCCUACAAAGGGCUCAUCUCAGAGGAAAUGGAGGCGUUCAUCGAGCUGCACUGACCUCACACGUGACCUCCAGCCAGAAUCCAAGCAAUAAUCCCAGAACUCGUGGUGUGAGCGCUCACCUGACUCCUGGGACGGACCGCGGACACGAGCCCUGAUCUCUCCUUUGUGUGCAGGAAGUGAACGUUUCGCCUCUUUGUGUUGGUUGCUGUUCUUUGAUUGACAGGGCUUAAUCACACAUGACAAACUGCUUAUCGAUCGCAUGCAGAGCAGUGAUGUGUCCGAUGCAAGUUGAAAUGCAAAAGCAAAACUUUUUCUAUCAGACUCUGUAGUUUCACUGUCAUAACAUGCUUUAGUUCUUCCCGUCGAUGAUCCUGAUCCUGAAGGACUUUGAAGCCCAUGGUGCCAAAUACUAGCCUUACAUGAUCAUCUUUUCUAAUGUGUGUGAUUUUAAUGUGUUUUUAUUGAGCGACUGGAAGAGUUUCCUUUCAUUUGGGGAGUGACUGUAAUAUAUAGAACUUGGCACUUUAUCCACCCUACAUGAGAACAGCUAUUUUUGAAUCGCUGAUGUUACAUUGAUAUCUAUGCAGUUUAUUAUUGGAGGUGCGUUUGGAGUGACAGAUCUGGCUGUUUUUGUGUUUUUUCUCUGCAGGCUUAUGUGAAAAGCUUCAUAUGCGUUGCAGUCUUAUACUAAUUGCCUUUAAGUUUAUUUCUUCUUGGUAAGACUUCGUAUGGCUGAGGUGAUUUUUUUUUUUUUUUGCCGUCUGUCAUUGUAAAUGCCACCCGAAUGAAAGCACUUUGAAAAUGUUAACACUUUGUUUAACCUCUUAAACCAGAGACUUCAGAAACUACAACUGAUUUGGUUAAUUUAAGACAAUUUACUACAAGACAAAAAAGUGUGUGGAGAUGCCUGAAUAAAACUCAAGUGUCCCAUC